AUUCAGAAAGUAUUUAAGUGGGGUGUCUGCUUAACUCAUCUUUGAUUUUUCAAAUCAUUUGACAAGAAGAGACUGAAAGCAAGCUCCUAUAAAGACUCUUGAACAGGUGAAUAAUGAGAGAGAUAGUGCAUCUCCAGGCUGGUCAGUGUGGAAACCAGAUCGGUGCGAAGUUCUGGGAAGUUGUCAGCGAGGAACAUGGCAUUGACCCGACGGGAACGUACCAUGGAGACAGCGACCUGCAACUGGAGAGGAUCAAUGUUUACUACAAUGAGGCGACAGGAGGUAAAUAUGUACCUCGGGCCAUACUGGUGGAUCUGGAACCAGGAACCAUGGACUCUGUGAGAUCUGGACCCUUUGGGCAGAUUUUCAGGCCCGACAAUUUCGUCUUUGGUCAGAGUGGCGCUGGAAACAACUGGGCCAAAGGCCACUACACGGAGGGGGCUGAGUUAGUCGACUCGGUCCUGGAUGUGGUUCGGAAAGAGUCCGAGAACUGCGACUGUCUGCAGGGCUUCCAGCUCACGCACUCGCUCGGCGGUGGGACUGGAUCCGGGAUGGGAACCUUGCUGAUUACAAAAAUCCGUGAGGAGUUCCCUGACCGUAUUAUGAACACCUUCAGUGUGGUGCCAUCCCCAAAGGUGUCGGACACAGUGGUGGAGCCCUACAAUGCCACUCUGGCCGUCCACCAGCUGGUGGAGAACACCGAUGAAACGUACUGCAUCGACAACGAGGCGCUCUACGACAUCUGUUUCCGCACACUUAAACUCACCACGCCCACCUACGGAGACCUCAACCACUUGGUGUCGGCCACCAUGAGCGGGGUGACUACCUGCCUGCGGUUUCCGGGGCAGCUUAACGCUGAUCUGCGCAAGCUAGCGGUCAACAUGGUUCCCUUCCCCCGCCUGCACUUCUUCAUGCCAGGUUUUGCCCCACUGACCAGCAGGGGGAGCCAGCAGUAUCGCGCCCUCACAGUUCCCGAGCUCACGCAGCAGAUGUUUGACGCGAAAAACAUGAUGGCGGCCUGCGACCCGCGUCACGGCCGCUACCUGACCGUGGCAGCAAUGUUCCGAGGCCGCAUGUCCAUGAAGGAGGUGGACGAGCAGAUGCUGAACGUGCAGAACAAGAACAGCAGCUACUUUGUCGAAUGGAUCCCCAACAACGUCAAGACGGCAGUCUGCGACAUCCCACCGCGAGGUCUGAAAAUGUCAGUCACCUUUAUUGGCAACAGCACGGCCAUCCAGGAGCUGUUCAAGCGCAUCUCCGAGCAGUUCACCGCCAUGUUCCGCCGUAAAGCCUUCUUGCACUGGUACACCGGCGAAGGCAUGGAUGAGAUGGAGUUCACUGAGGCAGAGAGCAACAUGAACGACCUGGUCUCAGAGUACCAGCAGUACCAGGACGCCACCGCUGAGGAGGAGGGAGAGUACGAUGAGAAUGAAGAUGAGGCGUAAGAUCUGAUGAAACCAUCGGCCACUCGAGGCCAUGAAAACAAUGUGGUGUUACUUGGCUGAACACAUUGACCGGUGGUGACGCGUUCAGGUACGCCUGGACACAAGCGUCAGAUCUGAGAAUUGUUUUGACUUUAUGAAAUAAAUGGAUCCACCACCCAAACACAGAACACAACAGAAGUCCUGU